AUGGGCAAUGGCAACAGUACAAGACAUGGUUAUGAAAUCAAAACAAAAACAGGAGACAAGAAAGGAAUGGGGACGGAUGUUCACAUUUACAUUACGUUAAUCAGUGAAGAUGGUAGGAGGUCACACGAUCUUUAUUUGGAUUGUAAGUGGAGGAAUGAUUUCGAGGCCGGAGCGGUAGAUACAUUUCCAUUUGGUGACGAAGUUCCCGAUAUUGGUCCCAUCUCAAAGGUGGAAAUCCAUCGCUAUUCAACAUUUGUAGCAUCGGAAUGGUUCAUGGAAUGGGUGGAAAUCACUAAUCAUUAUCGACCAGAAGACAAACCUGAUAUUUUCCCGUUUCAGCGCUGGGUUAGAUCUGGUGUACGUUUCACAGUUUGCAGGUAUGAUUCAGUAAAAGUGGAUUUCUGAUAUGGUGCUGCACGGGGCGGUCACCUUCAAAAUUUUACUUGUGGAAUCAAGAAAACGAUGAUAAACGAUUCCAUCUCAAGUACCGUUGCCAUCGAGCACGGAUCAACAUAUAUAUAUAUAUAGUGAAACGAUGACUUCUCACCAUGUGCAUGCAAUAGCUACUGCAGUUCCUUUUAAUCUUUUACAGCAGUUGAACCAACCAAUUAUAAUUAUAAUUAUAUAAUUAUAAAAUAGAUAGACAGUAAAGUUGUCUUGGAUAGACGAAAUGGUCUUACCAUAAACAGAGGUCACAAGGAGUUGCCUAUACAGUACGUCCAUGUGUUAUCUGUGUGGAUAAGAAUCUUAGAAUGCACUUCCGGGAGUGCACACAGCUAGAUAAUCAUUGUUAGCAUUGCAUGCCAAUGUUUGCUGUGCACUUAAGAACACUCGGCCUAGAUAAUUCUUGACAUUGCCGCGGUAUUUCAACUGUUACAGUUUCAUUAAUAAAUCCACUCGGCCCAAUGAUUUAGGUACGACAGCUGUUUGCCUCAGUAUUCUGAGUUUCCUGGUCAACGUCAAUAUGAGUUGGAAAAGAAAAGAAAGGAUUAUGUCCUGGUUGAAAAGAAACCAGGAAUACCAAAACAG